AUGAUAGUAGGCGAAGUAAUAAUCGAUUCAAGAGGCGAGUUGACCUCUACCCUGCCCCUUGAAAAUGAAGAUUUGACAUAGGUUAGCUAGAUCAUCAGUAACAUUCUCCAAGACAUCAACACCUAUAUGAAACUUAACAACAACUCAACUGGAGACUUAAAGAAGACCACAUUGAGGAUUGGAAAUUCACAUGAAAUAAGUAUAGCAGUGGGAAGUGAUGCCAUCAAGGCUGUGGUAAGGGAAGUAAACUCUGGAGGUCAAGGAAUGUGA